AUGUCUAUACCUUCGGAAUGUGGUGACACUUCAAAUCACAACGAUACCAGAACGUCACAACUGAGUAUAGAAAGCCCGAUCACGACAAGGGAUGUUAUAGUCCCAGAACAUUCUGCACCUCCAGAAAAGCUCACCAUCCCAAACGACACUACUACGGAGCCCAAAGCCACAGAAAAUAGUUUGAAGAGGAGGAACAGUUGCAAAAGCACUGGUCCUAUCAAGAAGGCUAAAAUAUCAGCUGAUACCGAGACUUCGGAGGACGCCAAGACCUAUGAAAACACGAAAGGUCUAGAUAGCCCGAACAAGGUCUUGGGAGAUGAUGACUUGGUGUAUUUACUCUUUGCGAUUCAUGUAAAGGCUGUUAUGCGCGUGGAACGAAGGAGGUUCUACAGGGUCAAGGGCCUGGAAAGAUGA